CACAAGUAUCGAGAAGCCUCUUAUGUCAUCUUCCUCCGGCGCCGGCAAAGCCUUCGUUUGCCGGCGUCGGGACUCCGAUCCCCAUCUAAUUCAAUACACAAGCCUGCUUUUAAUUUUCCUUCGUUUUACAAAAGUUUUUUCUCUCUUGGAACCCUCUCGAACUCUCUCGAACCACUUGCAACAAACCGGAGCCUCACCACUGAGCAACAACGGACGACGAGCGUAUCUGGAAACGUUCAUAUCUGAACCUGUUCUCUCAAUCUCCUUCAGAUACUUUAUGCUCGCACCAUCCUCAACAGAACCGUCUAACCAAAGAGCAGAUUCUCGAUCUGGAUCUCUGCUCACUCUUGAAGAAAUCUCACCCCGGACUUCGUUGAAGGCAAGAGAGCUCUCUAUUGGACCUUCAGAUGCGCCUUGUUUGGGGGAGGCGUCGACGGCGCACGACGAUUAUUUCUUCUCGGUGAAGCUUAUCCACUUAAAAAACGGUUACGGCUUCGAAGAUCUCCGCCCCAGCUCCAGACCAUGCUCAUAUGCUAUUAUCGAUGAAUCUUCUCAUAUCGGAGCUCACUCCCUCACGGCAAAGCUUCUCAACAGAUCCGACAAGCCGCCGCGCUCUCUCAGAUCUGUGGCCAACCGCAGCAAAACUAGGGUUUUGCCUAGAAGGCUUUGAACCCAACUUCGGCCCAUUACCUAUCCAAAGGCCCAAGCCCAUACCGAGCGAUCCAUGUCUAAAUGACAUAAAGCCCAGGUCCGUUUCUCUUUGUUUCUUGUCGAUCUGUAGUCAAAAGUUAGGUCGAUCCCUCCACCUCAAUGGCAGAAGACACCAUCUGAGAGAGGAAUCACCCUCAUUGCUACGGUUUUUCAAUUAUACCCUGAGAACCCUGGAUUUAGUGUUAAUCUUGGCUAAGUCCUAUGAACCUAAGAGCUGGAAGGUGUAUAGUCUACUGUUCCCGAUUCCAAAUUGUUGGAGGAUUGUUUGUAGCUACAGAUCUUCUGUGUCCAAAUGUUCUCCUAUGGUAGCAUUUGCAAAAGACUUUAAACACCGGUUAAAUGUCAUUUCUAACAAGCUCAUAAUCAUGUGCUCCUCUCCGCAUUCUGACCUAGAAGAUUUUUCAUCCGUUUUCGAAAACGUACUGAAUCGGAGCUUUACAGUUGCACUGCCCUGUUUACAACCCCUCUUGCCGGAUAGAAACUCGUCUCUGGCUCCUUCACUAACGUCACGUUGUCUAUUGACAGUGACCAUUUCGCCAUCUUUUGAUUUGUUCAUGGAGGCUCGUUCGACAAACCGUGAUCUCACAUGUGUCCAAAUGCUAUCUAGCUUUGGCUUCAAAGCUCUCAUGGAACCUUCGUCGAUCUAUUUUAGUUAUCUUCUGGUAGUUUUGGGGUAUGCCCCUCUUUGUAAUGCUUUCUUAAACUUUGGGAUCUUUGCACCCAUGUUAUCUCUGUACUUGAACUUCUGUUGAUGAAAUGGAAACAAGUCUUUGACAAAAAAAAAAUAACACAGGC